AUGGGUUUUUCACAUUUCAAAGAUGUGUUCAUUAUGGGAGAUGGAUUCGAUGAUUUCCGAAAGCGUUAUCCGGAGUUAUGUGAGAGUUCCACUGGAUCACGUGAUAAAUCCGAUAAAAUCGUGAUGGAAAAUUGUAUUCGAUCAAGUAUUUCUCAUCCAUGUCUUUCAAAUGCUAAUGACGGUCCAAGUCAGAUCUUGCCAUUUCUUUAUCUCGGAUCACAGCAGGAUGCAAUGGAUUCUGGAGUUCUGUCGAGGUAUGGUAUUAAAUAUGUGAUCAAUCUUAGUGUGAGUUGCCCACAACCCGACGCUCUUCAGCAAGAGGGUCAUUUCAUGCGUAUACCUGUUAAUGAUACGUAUCAAGAAAAGUUAUUGCCUCAUUUUGAAGCUGCUUUCAAGUUUCUUGAUGGAGUUUGUGAAAGAGGUUCCGUUGCCUUGGUUCAUUGUCUCGCUGGUAUUUCACGAAGUCCAACAUUGGCUAUCGCUUACAUGAUGAGGCGAAACAAUUGGACUUCAGAACAAGCUUAUAGAUAUGUGAAAGAACGUAGACCAUCUAUUUCACCAAAUUUCAAUUUUAUGGGUCAGUUGCUAGAAUACGAAGCCCGGCUUCGGGAACAAGUUGGUUUGACUAUGGCUGUUAAUCGUAGCAACAGCAGUUCUGUUACGUCGGCACCCUUCAAUUUAGCUUCUAUUACAAACUCUGAUUCCACCAAUGCAUAUCAAAGCUGUAAUAGCACUGAAGCUAUUGCAAAGUUAGAGAAAUCUGUUAGUUGCAAUGCAUUGUCUCAUGGAGUCUCAUCAUGUAAGCCACGAAGUUUCUGGGAUAGCGAUUGCAGUGAACCAUCUUCAAGAACCAAUAAGAAUGGUAAACGAGCAAUGGAAUCGACAAAUCUGCAUCUGUUAGGUCGACCAAGAAUUCUGGAUGGGUUAAAAUCUAGAAAGGCUUUAAGUAUACCACAGAAGGUGGAUGAGGACUUGCCAUCACCGUCGACAGAAUUGCAAAAGCUUUCAUUUACUCAUUCAUCUGGGACGUGUCAUUCCGCAUCAAAUCCAUUCUUUUUCGGCAGUGCUAAUGAAAAAUCGUCAUCAGUGUUUGUAGAUCCAGUGAUACCAUCAACGUCUCAGUUAUGGCAUUAUUCAGCUGAAAAUUUAACAUUCGAUUCUCGCGAUAGAUCACCGAUCUCUUUUACGUUGCCUUGUACAGCUAACCAUUGGGCGACAACAAGUCACAAGUUUUUUACACGUUUUUAUCAUUGUUUUCGGAAAGGAAUGUGUUCAGUCGAACGAAAAGGAAUUCCUCGUCUGACCACAGCCACUUUCUCCGAUCGAAAACCGAUAGUUCUGUCUAACCAUUCAUGUUCUUCAUCAGCCGACCAAGAAGGCAUCUUAGGUUCUUCGCCAAGUACUCCAGUAGUUGUGGUUAGAUCACAUAGUGUAAAUGAUUUGAAUGAAACGCACAAAUAUCCACCGAGGUCUGCGAUGUCACAUAUCUCGUUCAUACUUCACAGUCAGCAAAUGAUAGAACAACAGCUACCAAGUCAUUCCCCAUGUACUGCUGCUUCUGCUACAGAUAGUGGUGGAAGUAAAAGUAGUAUCAGUAGUAAUAGAAGUGAUAGUAUUAGUGCUAGUGAGAAUAGUGAUAACAGAAUUAAUGGUAGAAAUUCUAGCCCUGCAGGUCAGUCCUCAGAAACAUCAGUGGCAUUUCAUGAAACCGAUCGUGAUUCUAUUAGUUCUGCAAGCUCUUUGGAAAUUUUAGUUCAGUGA